AUGUCGACUUCAGCCGACAACAAGGCCUCCAUCACUCAAGAGAGCGGUCCCUCCGCCGCCGUCCAAGACAUCCAGAAGAAGAUCGUGGUAAGGACCGCAGACGGCGAGGUCUUCAAUUUGAAGGAAGAGGUGGCAAUGGAGAUAGAUAUCAUCAAGACCUUCUUCCAGGAGGACGGUAUUUCUUACGAGACCGUGAUGCCCUUACCCAACGUGGAGGGCUGGGAGAUGGUGAAGGUCAUAGAGUACUGCACCAAGCAUGUUGAACUCAAACACAAGGUCGACGGUCACAAGGAACUCAAGGCCUUCCAGGCCUUGUUCGUCCAGAACCUGAGCACAAAGAGCCUAUUGGCUCUCACCAACACGGCCAAUUACUUGGAAGUUAAAUAUCUUCUUGACUUUCUCUGUCAAGCCGUCUCGGAGCAGAUUAAGAAUAAGGAUGUCGACUAUGUGAGAGAGCUGUUUGGAGUGGAGAAUGACUUCAAUGAUGAGGAGUAUGAGCAGGUCAAGGCAGAGGCUCCUUGGGCUCAUGAAAACCUUAAUAAUGACCUGCAUUAA